UGUUUCCAAAGUAUGUUUUUUUUUUUUUUUUUUUUUUUUGGUAAUGUAAUCAGGAAGAAAGAUAAGAACGUGCAAAAUAGGCACCUUCAUCGUAUUACGUUCGUUUGUAGUAUCGUUUAUAGCACGAUAAGUUUGUACGAUACGAUGAAGGUAAAACUUUGGACGUUUUUUUAUAGAGAAAAAUGAAGGAUAAAACUUUUCGUACGGUAUCGUUUUAUUUUCUUUGCAAAGUGACCGAGCAUAUGUACGUACCUACAUAUGUGAGUUUAAUUGUAAUAAGAAGCGAAAUGCUCGAAGCGAGAUGUUCAAUUUACACUUUAUGGUUACUGCUGUGUCUUUACGUCGUACAAGGUACGACCAUUGUUAGCACAGAAAAUGGAAAAUUAUCAGGUGUUAAAUUACUAUCUCGUAAUGGCACACCUUAUUUGGCUUAUUUUGGAAUUCCUUACGCGAAACCACCUACUGGAGACUUGAGAUUUCAACCUCCUCAAGAUCCCGAUUCAUGGGAUGGUAUCAGAAACGAAAUAUUACCCAAGCAGAAAUGCCUGCAGUAUGACAGAUUCUAUAUUAGUCAAGGAAUUGGUGGGUCAGAAGAUUGUUUGUAUUUAAAUGUUUUCACGCCAAUUGUAAACGUCGAUUUGAAUUUACCUGUGAUGGUGUGUAUUCAUGGGGGAGCAUUUUUUCGUGGAGAUAGCGCAGAUUGUUUUCCUCAUUACUUCAUGGACGAAGAAAUCGUCGUCGUGACGUUCAAUUAUCGACUAGGUAUUUUAGGCUUCUUGAGCACAGCAGACGAAGUGUUGCCAGGAAACUACGGUAUAAAAGAUCAGGUGGCCGUUCUACGUUGGGUCAAAAAAAACAUCAAAAAUUUUGGCGGAGAUGCCAAUCGAGUAACGAUUUUUGGACAAAGUGCCGGUGGCGCAAGCGUACACCUUCAUAUGUAUUCUCCUCUGAGCAAAGGUUUAUUUCACAGAGCCAUUAGUCAAAGUGGUUCGGCGACCGUUCCGUGGGCAGUUGCACCUGCAGCUAUGGCCAGAAACAAAACGUUUACUCUGGCUCAGUUGACCGGAUGCCCGUUAACUUGUGUACAAGAUUUGGUCCUGUGUUUGAAGAAAUUACCAGGCGAGGAUUUAGUCCAAAUGUUUCCCAAGUUCUUCAUGUGGCAUUACGUACCCUUGGUGAGCUUUUCUGUCGUCGUUGAACCCGAACUAGAGGGAGCAUUUUUAACGAAAAAACCUGAAUUUGGUGAAGAAUUGCACCAAGUGCCAUGGAUAACUGGAAUCACAUCCGGAGAAGGAGCAUUCGCUGUAGCUGAAUUUCUCUCUAAUGGCGGAGGUGGAAUAAAGGAGUUUAAUGUAGAUUACGUUAGACUGAUGCCAUCAAUUUUUUUCUUCGAUUAUAACGUAGAAAAAGAUUUUCAACAUGAUUUAUCUCAGAUUAUUAAAGAAGAGUAUUUUCAAAAUCUAGAAAUCAACAGAGAUAAUGUGAUCAAAUUACGUAAUAUGAUUACAGAUGGUGCAUUUGCUCACGAUGUCAUAAAAUCCGCUUUAAAGUACAAAGGGAAGCGUUAUUUUUACCUAUACGAUCAUUUGAACGAUAGAUCUUUUACUGAAAUUUGGGGCUUAAGCAGCACGAUGAAGUUUUUAGGUGUCUCACAUGGUGACGACUUGAUUAGUUUUUUCCCGCAAUUAUGGAUGAUUCCUCCAACACUAAAUGGAAAAGAUUUGAUGCUAUCGAUAAAACUGAUCAAAUACUGGGCUACAUUUGCACGUACAGGAAACCCCAACGACGAUCGAAUACUACAAAGUAAUUGGAACGAAUUAACCGGGCACAACGUAGAAAAUUUAAAUCACCUGUACAUCGGUGAAAGUGAAAACAUAAUGAAAAAUUCGUUACUACACGAAAAGUAUUCAUUUUGGGAAAAAUUACCUUUAAAUAAUACCGCAGAUAAAUACAACACACAGUCAUCUUUUGAACAACCCUUGACAGAAGAUACAAAUUCGGAAUUUUCUCAACAGCAGCAUAAUGAGCUUUAGAAUUUUACUCAUAAAUUGUUAUAUACUCGCUUUAUUAUUACUAUACAACUACUAAGUAGGUACCUCCCUCUAAGAAGAUGGCAACAUUAAAAUUACGAAGUCGCGUCAUAUUCUUUAUGCGAAUUUUUUUCGAGUUUUUGCCUUUUAUUAUAGUUCGCGAACAAAAUAUGUAUUCUUAUCACAGCUUUGUUGUCGCUGAAUGUGGAACUUUUUUUUUGUCGAACGAGAUGCAAAUUUUUAUUGUUUAUUGAAGUAAUAUUCGGUAGACAAGAUGGCGUGUUUAUACUAUGAAUAAACUACCUAAACGUUAGGCGCAUUAUAUUGUGAUGUUCGUGGUACCUAUUUUAUUUUUUUCAUUUUUUACGUGCAACAACAUACCAAAUAGUUGAUGAGACGUGGUGGAGGCAAUUUGCGGUGCAAUUGAUAAAAUGGAAAAUUUUCUUUGAUCAUGAAAAAUUGAAGUUAAGCUGACGUAAGCAAUGCAUAUUAUAAUAAAAAUAAACGUCAGAGGUACCGGAAAAUUUGCUUUUAAAUCAAAAUACCCGAGUAAAUACGAGGGUUGUUCACGAAUUCGUGCACGAAACGCUCUAUCUCGGAAACUAUUAUACUUACGGCGAUGAUUUUUGCUCAAGGAGGUUCUCCGAUGUCUUACGUAUCUUUUAGUGUAUAUUUCAAUACUGUACCUUGCUGCACAUGGUUUUUAUAGCGUUCCGCGAUGAGCUCUGAAAGUAGUUCGGCUCGGUUUUGGAACAAUUCAAACAACGUAGCAUCAUGCAAUGAGCACUCCACUGCAAGACUACUACGUACUAUUACGUUGCGUAUGUACUCAAUUUAUAGUAAAAAGCCUCAGGAACACAAUGGUGUGCUUAGUUUUUCUGUAGGACACAGGGAAAACACUUUUAGAGGAAUUUGAAUGGGCGAAGGAAAUUUUUCACUUCAUGCUGGAUGGACUGGUGCACUUCUCGCUCCAGUGGCAAGACUAAUUCUUGUAUAGAGCCGCGUGCAUGCUUAUUUUGUAGUCUGAAGUCUCAGAAACACGAUGGUGUACUUAUUUUUUUUGUACAGCAUGUUGUAAAAAUGUUGGACAGAUGCAAAGUGACUGAGGCGUUUUUUCAGUGAAAAUUCAGCCUCAUGAAGCUGCACCACGAUCACUUUUAGUUCAUUAAGAAAAUUUUAA